AGCUAGGUUUAAAAGAAAGGUUUUUAACCAAUGGCAAAAUUGGAUUAAGAGGGAAGUUACAAUCCUGCAGAUGUUAUAUUGUGAUGCAAAGCCCACCUGCAUCCUAGAACACCUGAUAAUUUAUUUAGUUCAAUUUAUUUAGUUCAAUUUCCGGUUGCAAUGGCUGCGGUGGACAGUUUCUCCCUGUUGAUGCGGGAGAUCGGACGCUCCUACCACUACUGCGUGGAGAUGCUAGCGGUUGUGGGAGCUUUCUACGCAAGCAAGGUGUGCAUUACCGUUUUGAGUGACACCUACGUGCUGAUCAGGGUGCAUUUCGUUCCACGCAUCUUUGGCCGGCCUGACUUAAGCAAGCGGUAUGGAAAAUGGGCUGUGGUCACAGAUGGAACCUCGGGCAUUGGCUUUUCCUACGCUAAAGAGCUGGCCGGUUGUGGAGUUGACCUCAUCUUGAUUAGCCGGAACCGGGAAGAAUUAGAAGCUUCUGCUAAAGAGAUCAUGGAGACUUACAACAUCAGCACCGUGACUGUCGUGAUGGAUUUUAGCAGGGGCCGUGAGGCCUAUCUGGUCAUUAAGAAGGUUCUGGAAGGCAAAGAGAUUGGCGUCUUGGUCAACAAUGUCGGCGUCCUUAACCCUCUGCCCGAUUCCUUCACCAGUUUGACGGAGGCUCAGAUUUGGGAGUUCAUCAAUGUAAAUAUUGGAGCCGCCAACAUGAUGGCGCACCUGGUGUUGCCGGGCAUGGUGCAGAGGAAGAAGGGGGCCAUUGUCAACAUUUCUUCUAUCAGCUGCUGCAAUCCUUGUCCCCAGUAUACAGCAUAUUCAGCCUCCAAGACUUACCUGGAUCACUUCAGCAGAUCCCUUCAUUAUGAAUAUGCCCCUCAGGGCAUUUUCAUUCAGAGCUUAAUUCCGUUCUUCGUUUGCCCCAACGUGACAAAGCUGAGUAGCACCCUCUCCAAAAUGAGCUUUUUCGUGCCUUCUCCGGAGGUGUAUGCUUGUCACGCCGUCACCACCCUCGGAGUCUCCCCAAGGACCACAGGAUAUUGGCCACAUGCACUUUUGAUGAUUUUUGCAAGGUUUGUCCCUGAAUGGUUCUGGGCUUGGAUGGUACCCAGAAUAAAAUAUUGCCAGAAGUCACUUUGAAAAAAAAAUAUGCCUGUGAAGAUCUUGCCUUGAGCACCGAUAACAUCUGGAAGAUUAGACGGACUGUAGCUGCAAAAUCCUGAUUUCUUUGCAGGAAUCCUUUCUUGCUUGCGUUAUUUCUUUGAAAUCAUGUACUCAAGACUCGAAGGAAGUUUAGUUUGGACGUAGCUGAAAGAAAACACUUGAAACAAACUUUUAGAGAGCUGGUAUAGUAUUCUCCACCCCAACUCUCCAUCAUUUAUGUAGCGUUCUUCUUGGCUCCUCAGUGAAAGACACAAGAAACCUGUGGAUGAUGGAGAAAUUGAGUUGUUGAAGAACUUGGGUUCCAGAAGAGCAAAAAAAAAAAAAGAAAGAAAAAUCUGCCAAUAGGGCAUUGUAGAUCAACUUUCUCCAACCUCGUGCGCUGGGCUACAACGCUCAUCAACCCCAACUGAGUUCCCUCUGGUGGGAGUUUGAUGCAACAUUACCCUCAAAGCUACCCCAGUUACAACUGUUCAGCGGAGAUGUCCUUCUUCAAAUCAGUGCGAUCUUCUGCUUUUAUCAGGAAAUUAUUGUUGUAUGUAUGGUGUCCACUUUGGAAUGGCCAGUGCUGUGAUGGAUGUUAGGAUCUCAGCUGACACGGCUGUCCCGUGGGGCUGUUGGUGGCCCAGAGUCCUUAACUUUUCAGGCUCACAAGGCUAAGGGCUGCCAUACAGGUUCCUCGGCAACUUCUCAAAACUGCCUUGCUCCAGAGGUGUCAGUCUCUGGAACGGAAACAAAUUCUGAGCUGUUCUGGGUUUUAUUUUAUUUUACUGCAGUAAAUAGGAUUAGUGUGAACAUUUGUAGCUGUAGAUGAAGUUAUUUUAUGAAUUCGUCUGUAGGGAAAAAAAUACAUGUCUUAUUCCCUCCCAGUCUAGUAAUCCUUGAUUUUGAUUUUGAUUUUAUUGGAUUUAUAUACUGCCCUACUCCCGAAGGACUCAGGGCGGUGAACAGCCACAGAAUAAAACACAUAAAUACAAAAAUUUAAAAUAGAAUAAAAACAAAUUAAAUAAUUUAGCUGAGACAAAUUUAAAAUACCCAAUAAUUUAAAAACAAAUUAAAAUUUACAUUUAAAAGGGGAAAAGAUUUAGGCCAGGCCAGCUUGAUGAAAUAAGAAAGUCUUGAGCGCGCGAUGGAAGGUGCGCAGAUCCGGGAUCCUCCGUAUCUCCGGGGGGAGGUCAUUCCAGAUCGUAGGUGCCCCCACAGAGAAGGCUCCAUCCUGCUGGCUGGAAGGGAAGAGAGUGGUAAUAUCUAAAGCAGCGGUCACCAACUGGUGGUCCGUGGACCACCGGUGGUCUGUGAGAAAAUUUUGGUGGUCCACAGAAAAAUAAUUUGCAUUUUUGAUAUUGCACUAAAUCAGGGGUCCUCAAACUACGGCCCCUGGGACAGAUACGUGCAAUGAACGUUUGUGUUGCUGCAGAGAGUCUCCCCCUUCGGGGUCUUCUUGUGUGGGUCGGAGGGGGGCAGAAAUUCCGACUUGGGGUCUGUUUUAGCUUCCUGGUGUGGGGCUUUGGGCGAAGGCUGGAGGGAAGUGCCGUUGGUGGCGAAGAGCCAGAGGCCCUCGUUCCGGUGGAACUACAUCACGGCCUGGAACUGGCUGACCAUCUCAGCCCGCUGAGCCUCCAGGUGCCAGCGCCUGGCCUUGCACUCCCGCAGGUCUUCCCUCUGCUUGGAAAGCCUAUGCUUCUAGUCCUCAGCGAGGUGCUUCUGCUGAACCUCCUUCUUGGCCAGAUCCAAUUUGAACUGAGCCAGCUGUUUUGCCAACUCUUUCUCAUGGUGGCUGCUUAGUUCCAGCAACUGCUUCCUGUUGGGGCCCUAAGGAGCCUGGGUGGGGAGGCGAGGAGUGGCUGGGAAGGAAGGAGUGAGUAGAGGACGGCAAGGCGCCCCUCGACAUGAGUGACAUUGAGUUGGCCAUCGAGUUGGCCACGCCCACCCAGUCACAUGACCACCUGGCCACGCCCACCCAGCCAGUCAUUAGGCAGAUCAUAUUAGUGGUCCAUGGGAUUUAAAAUUAUGAAUUUAGUGGUCCCUGAGGUCGAAAAGGUUGGGGACCCCUGAUCUAAAGUGUAUCUAAAGUGGGUCGAUCAAUCAGUUGUAAGAGGGUCCUGAACAAUUUGACUUAAGCAUCAAUUUAGGCUUAGUUUCUGUGAAAGCUGUCACAGAAAUGUGGGUCUUCUCCGCAGACAGAAUGUGGCUGAUAGAACUGUUUGCAGGUGGCCUCUUUUGAGUUUGAUGUGCCGUCUGAAAUCGGGGCACAGUUAUUUUCAGAUUCUGAGUUACUUGAGUUUGAGGGGGGGGCCUGACUCCUCUUUUUUGUAGCCUUAGAGACCAUCAAACCAGGAUUGGUAAAAACAAACGGCUCUGUUUCCCAAAAUUUUUGGGACAGGACACAUAGGAAUGAAAACCGUUAUAGCGGUGUAAAAGUAAAGCAGCUUAAUAAGGGUUAUAAACAGUGCUAGCAGCUGUAGACCCAUAUUGUAUAUCCUGUUUAACCCUGAUUUGUGAACCAUGGUUUAUUUAGUGAAUAAAUAAAACGGGUGAAAUCCAGCAGGUUUUGACAGCUUCUGGAGAACCAGCAGCAGAACCAGCAAAUAGCACCUCUGGCUGGUCCCAGAAUGGGGUGGGAAUGGAGAUUUUGCAAUAUCCUUCCCCCAGGAGUGGGGAGGGAAUGGAGAUUUUGCAGUAUCCUUCCCCUGCCACACCCACCAAGCCACACCAUGCCCAAGCCAUGCCCACAGAACCGGUAGUAAAAAAAAUUGGAUUUCACCACUGAAGUAAACCCACUUGCUUGGUAUCACACAGCCAUAAACAUGUUGGACGAACUCUUUACUUAAUAUUCUAAAACAAAGGCAAAAAUGCCACAGCAUAGGUUGCUAAUUUAUUACCCUGUUUCCCCUAAAAUAAAACAUCCCCUGAUAAUAAGCCCAAUCGUGCUUUUGAGCGCAUGGCAAAAGGCCAAGCGCUUAUUUCAGGGGUCAAAAAAAAAUAAGACAGGGUCUUAUUUUCGGGGAAACACGGUAGAUGUCAUAACGAGCUCCCAAAAUUGUGAGCUAUCUAACCCCAUUAAUAAAUUCAUACCUUUUUUUUUUCUUCAGCUAGCAGAUUUGCUGGCUGUGCAAAACUAUUUAAAAAGAUAAGCCAGAAAUUACUUAGUCCUCAAAGCAAAUAGAGGGAACCUUCUGUUUUCUAGCAAGCAGUACUUUCUACCAUGUAUUAUACCUGGAAUUAUAGUCAUGAUAUCAAACUGAACUGGAUCAUAUUUUAUUCUUUUAGAGUCUUAGCCAUAAUGUCAAGUAGUGGUUUGAACUGAUGUGUGUUUGCUCUAGUAAAGGCUUACACCUAUGGAAA